AUGCAAGCCGAAUUUUGUGUGGUUUUAAUUCAGGUAAGCAAGGAGGGGCUCAGCUUCCGGGCUCUCUACACGAGAUGUUUUCGUUGCAGAACGUAAUUGUGUUAAUCGCAUCAAGUAAGAUUCUUUGGCAAUGUGGCAAAAAGAAAAAAACGACGAGCAAUGAAUUAAUGGUGAAAUCAGCGAUGAGACCUCCAACUCAAGAUCCAGCUGCGUCUGGAGCAAUUCCAGCAUCAACUGCAGCUCCACCUUCAGCCGGUGGAACAACUGGCGAAGCUGGAAAAGAUGAGAAGAAAGGCGCUGAUGACAAGAAAGCAGAAGACAAACCGGCGGAUUCAGCUGCAAAUCCAGCUGAUGGCAAAAAAGAUGCGGAAGAGAAAAAGGUUCAACAAUCGAUGAAACCAUUCCCCAAAUUUGUAAUGCCGACAGAAAGUGCGAAAAAGCGUAAAGUUGCGGAAAAUGAGGAGGAUAAAAAGAAGAAAAUCAAGGAAGGAUUUUAUCAGGAGAAUUCGGGAGAGGAUGACACUUUGGAGAAGGUGAAGAGUUUGGAAGUUGAGAAAUCGGAUAAAACGAAACGAUCGCAAAGGAAAAAGGAUAAGAAGUGA